GCUACGUUGGCGGGACUGUCUGUGCUGUUGCCAUUGGACUUCAAAAUAUAGUUUUUUGCCGGGGAGAAUCCAGACCGCGGCGGCGUCGCAGUUGCAGACUUGCAGUACAGCAGUCGUGUAUACCUAUACAUAUACAUUUUGUUGCUUCUGGGAACAAGAGUCCGCCAUCAGCGGCGCCGCGGCCACCAGUGCGGGCGCGGUCGGAACUUGCAGGAACACGCGGGAGAUCACAACAAUGAGAGGUAGACAGAGCGGCACGUAACGACAAAGACGAUUCACGACUUUUGCGAAGGGCGUUUGUGAAUUUUAUACAGGCGCCCGGCCAGGAGCCGUCCUCGGCAUGGAUUUCGAGAGAGUCCUCAAACGGAUUGGCGAAGUGCCGGAGGAGGUAGUGAUCAACAAAAACUUGUUUUCCUGCGGACGGAUGAAUGAGAGUGACCUCGUGUGCUUGAGUUUGCUAGUUUCCAGGCAGCACUGUUUGUUUACGAAACUGCCGGACGGUUUAUAUGUGACUGAUUUGGGGAGUUCAAACGGUAUAUAUAUUAAUGGAAAAGUACAAGAAACAAAGAGAGCCAUCUUACUAAAUGAAGGUGACUUGAUUGGUAUAGGCUGUGCGGAAACUACUAAUUUGGAUCCUAAAACUAUGUUUGUAUAUAAAGUAACAAAUCGGGUGGUGCUGUGUGAUAGCAGUACUUCUGAUGGUAUAAGUAAUAAUAGACAUGCUCGCAAAGAGCAAUCUAAAGAACGUCGAAAUGAAUCAAACAACAAUGAUGCACCAGCUAAUAAAGUAGCAAGAAACUGUAGUAAUGCAGUUGAUGAUGACGAUAUCGAAAUUAUUGAAAAUUCUUUUAAUGUUUAUACUGCAAAAUCUCAUGAAAUGGCAAAAAAAAGUAACUCAGUCAGGCAAGUAUCAGAAUGUGCUCCUAACUUGGGUCCGGCUCGAGAAGUCAAUGAAACUACCAAAAAGAAAGAAUUCACAAGACAAAUAACUGAAUGUUCAACUACUUUUGGUGUAACUGAGCAAGAAGCUAGUGCAAACGUAAAAAGAAAUGAGCAUAAGAAACAGUUUACAAGGCCGGAAAUCAUUGACAUAGCCGAGCCUUGCAUAUCAAGUACACCUCAAGAUGAUGACGAUAUUAUAGAAAUUGAUGUCACGCCACCAAGAAGUAAUGUUAGCAGGGAAGUUAUACAUACGAAUUUAACCAACAAAGAACUAGAAAAUUUAAAUCAAUUCAUAGCUAAUGUGAAUAUUAAGCAAGAGCCACAAAAUGAUCCAGAACCAAUUGCUCCUACAACAACUAUAAAACUAGAACCAGACUGGCACUCUUUUUCACAAAUUGAUAUUGUAGAAAUAAAUGAUGAUGAAGGCUUUCCUUCUUCGCAACUUUUUGACAGAUCAGUUGUAAAAGAAGAAUCAGAAGAGAAAGAUGUUGACAGUAAUGUUCUUCAGACUUCAUUAUUUCUUGGUGAUGAUGAUAAUGUUGUAACAAUAUUGAGUAGCGAUGAUGAUGAUGAUGAUGACGAUGUAAUUAACGAAGAUAACGUGAUACAUCCAAUCCAAAAAAUAAAAAUAGAAUCUGGAAUAGAACCAGCUUUAGAAUUUGUAGAUGUUGGAGUAGCUGCACAUCCUACAAUAACGAAUGAGACUAAUAAUGUGUGCCAGAACAAUUUAGAUGUUCCUAAUUAUGAGCAGGUAGAUUCUACAGCAAUGCUGAUUGCCUCUCUGACAACUGAACAAUCCCUCGAAGAACAAUUAUUUGCGUUACAUCAAGAAACGUCACUUGAAUCAUCUACUAGUAAAGAUCCUUUGCUUGAUAAGGAAACGUCUGUUACUAAUGAUACUUUGACUAAAAAGAAUAUUUCUACCACCAAUGAUAUGGAUACCUCAAGUAAUAAAGAUACCAAAAAAUCGAAUAGGAAAGGUUUGGAAAUUUGUGAACCACAUUUUAUAAAGCCAAAGAAAAGAGGUGAAAAAUCUACCAAAAGGUCGAGAAGUAAAGAUCGAUUAGACAGGAAAAGGAAACAUUCUUCAGAUUCAUCUUUCAUCAAGGAUAGACAUGAAAAAUCGACUAAAAAUAAAGAAUACAAGAAAGACAAAAGUACAUCAAAACAAAGUACGAAACAAAGAAGUCGUAGCAAAGAAUCAAACAACAAGGAUAAGCAUCAAAGUACUUCAUCAGAAUUAGAAAGUCAUCAGAAAAAAAAUGAUGAAAAUCACAAUAAAAAUCUAUCCAAAUCUUUUGAAAAUAGUUCUAACAAUUCUGAUAUGUUGAACCAAUCUAGACCAAAGAAUAAGACGACAAUAGUAAAAGCUAAAGUUUCAACAAAAACACGCGGUGAUAUGCUUUGUGAAGCAAUGCAAAUGUCAAGGCCACAGCCAAGGAAAGAAGCAAAAGCAAAAGCUUCUGAACCUGCAAAAGAAACAAGUGCACCAAAACUGGAUACUACUUCAUUCGUUAUUCCUCGUCGACAAUUUCCGUCAUCUACUAUUCCAUCCAGUUCUAUCUCUAUGAUUAGUCAAUUGAACACUCCAACAUCAAUAUCUCCAUCUAGAGAUAUUCCGUCUAGUCUGGCAAAAGAUCCAUCAAAUGACAUAAAUAGACCUCUAUCUCCACCAGUUGGUAAUGAGAGAUCUCCAUCCCCAUUAACAGAAUCCGAAACAAAUCGCAAUGACGUAUCAGGUAUACCAACAUCGAAUCCAAAUUUAAAAUCGGCGCUAAAAUCUGCCAAUCUUAACACUUCCCAAAAAAAAGUCUUGUUCAAAGCCAACAUUGCAGCCGUUCGUGAAUUUCAUAUUGAAGAAGGCAAUCUAUUGAGGAACAUUAAAGAUGGUAAUAAUUUACGAAGUAGUAAAAAAGAUUUCAUUGGGUAUAGAACAACUGAAUUGAAAAUUGAAGAUUUUUUGGCUCGCGUAUUUGCAUGGGAGCCUGUUUGGUUGGAACAGCAACAAAAAAUUAAGGCCUUACCACCUAUCGUUAAAGCAGAAGAUAUGCAGCAACUACCAAAUACUUUUACUUCUUUUGACCAAUACUACAAGAGAAUGGAAGUUUUAUUAUUGUUAGAGACCUGGCAAUAUUUGGUUAAAGAGUACGAGUGUACUGGAAAUAGGUAUACUACGUCUGCAGUUCUACCAUGUAGUAUUGUAAGAUAUUCUAUUAAACAGAUGAUGACACCUAAUAAAUUACGAUAUACCAUGAUGGCCAUUCAUACGUUAGUGACGGAAAAUCAAUUGGUAAGGCAGGAACAUCCAGUUUAUGGGGACAUGAUAAUUCUUGAGUACACAACAAAGCAUGGCAAUUCUCUCCAUAUGAGAAGAGCAUUUGCUUAUGUUGUGCAGGUUCAGCAACAAAAUGCUUCGAAAUAUUUGCAAUCUAAUGAUAUGCUUCGUAAAUUUGUCAAAUUCCCCCAGGCUCUAUUGACAUACUUUGUAUAUACAAAAAUGAUUGAUGAACAAACAAUUCAGUAUGAUCAAGUAGCCAGGUUGCGAAGUAUUUUUUAUAUAAGAUCACAUCUUCGUUUACUUCAAGGAUUACAGUAUGUACCCCGUUCAGAGCUCUGUGACUCAAUUUUAAAUGUUGAUAUUGAACAAUUUCAACUUGCGCCUGUAACAACUCGAGAAAUUAAAGAAUAUGAUCUUGUGACAAAAGAUAAACUUAAUGCUAAACAAAUGGAAGCCGUCAUCAAAUUUACGAAUGCAUCUGUAAAGUUAGAACCUAAAAUUGGUUUACUCGUAGGCCCACCAGGAACGGGAAAAUCAAAGGUCAUUGCUAAUUUAGUGACUCAGAUACUGUAUGGAGAAGGCAGAUAUGUCGCUGGUAAACCUCUUCGAAUAUUAGUAUGUGCUCCAUCUAAUGCUGCAAUUGAUGAAAUUGUUUUACGUCUUCUUGAAAUACGCGGUGCUAUAAAAGAGCACAGGUUUAAAAUGGUCAGGAUUGGCAGGAUGGAAUCAAUGCACGCGGAAGUGAAAAAAAUAUCUGUAGCUGAACUUGCUAGAAGGGAAGCUCUAAAGGCAAUGUCUGAUCACGUGCACAAAAUUUCAGAAGGUAUCGAUCAAAAGAAACGUAAAGUAGAAGAUGAAAUACGCGCACUUCAGUUGUUGGUUGCAAAUAAUCCCAGAAAUGUUGGUUAUAGAAUGGAUCUUGAUAAUUACAGAGAAAGACUUAGAAAAUUAGUCAAUAAAAUGCCGAAAACAGAUCAAGAGAUGGCCAAAUUAGAAAAUGCUGCUAAAAUGGUAAUUUUACAAAAAGCCAACGUCAUUGCCUGUACACUUACUUCAUGUUAUACUGGUCAAAUGGAAUCUAUAUUUGGAGGUGAUACCGAAAAAAUUGCAACAUGCAUUGUAGAUGAAGCUACACAAUGUUGUGAAGCUGAGACAUUAAUACCUUUGAUGCUGGGGGUGAAGAGUCUUAUUUUAGUAGGUGAUCCCAAUCAAUUACCAGCUACUAUUAUGUCAACUGAUGCAAAGAAACUUGGAUUAGAUAGAUCUUUAUUUACAAGAGCGAAAUAUGCUUUGAAUACUCAAAUUAAUAAUGAAAGGAAAGAUCAUAUGGAUCCUGUAAUAACACUGAGUAUGCAAUAUCGUAUGGUGCAGGCUAUAUCGCAUUGGCCAAAUCGCUUUUUUUAUGGAGGAAAGUUACAGGAUAUGGCAGAUUAUAGAAAUAAUUUUCCAUUUCAAUCUUAUCGUAUUUUGAAUCUUGAUGGAAUACAAGAUAACAUCAAAUUUCAAAAUACUAGUGAGGCAGUAUUUGUGGGUAAUUUAAUAAAUAGCUUAAUGACAUGUAACAAACUCAGCUCAUGGAAUAGAAAGAUUACAGUAGGAGUUAUUACGCCUUAUCAAAAUCAAAAGUCUGUCAUUCAAUCGACGAUAACAGAACAGAUUAAAAAUGUACCUAAUACAUUGCAAGAUAAAUUUCAUAUUGAAGUUAAUACCAUCGAUAGUUUCCAAGGUCAAGAAAGAGAUGUCAUCGUAAUGUCUCUUGUGAGGAGUAGUGGAAUAGGAUUUUUGUCAGAUCCACAAAGGCUAUGUGUUGCUUUGACGAGAGCAAAAUUCACUUUAAUUAUAUGUGGCAAUUUCACAACGUUUCAGAGAGACAAUAUGUGGAAAGACUUAUUGCGAGAUGCACGUUCUCGUGGAGUUGUAGCACGUUUAAAUACAACUGCCAGGCCAAAUGAAAUCAAACCUCACAUCGUAAGACUGAUAUAACUUACACCGCAUCGAUACCGGGGCCUUCUUCGUUUGGCGGGCCCGGAAAAGUCUGUCAAUCCUCUGCUAUCCAGGAGUGCAACGUAUCUCGGAGAGUUACUGCCUGAUUCAAAACCUGACGCUGGCCAAGUACCAAGACAUUCAAAUUGGAUAUCUUAUCAUCGUCGGAAAACAGAUGCAAAAAUUUCAAGAUUAGCCAAGUUAAUAUAUUGCGCCAAAUAUGCUAUGCGUUCGUAAGAAUGUGCAAAUAACAAAAUUACCAUGAUCGUCAAAAGUGCAUUGCUUAAAUUGCAAAUGCAAAAUGGACCCGUUUUCAAGGCAGUUAUCCAAGUCAGAGGAAUAGGAGUUGCACUCGUCCUUUGUAAGCGCGGCAUUGUUGUUCUCGGCAGAUCCGUAUUCGUAAUUGACGUUGUACUUGAAAUGAUAUCUUCCUGCGAUUGGGCAGUAUUCGUUUCGUAUCUUCUCUCCUCCGAUUUCGCUAGUCCCUGGUUGACAGAUAUGCAUUUUUUAAACCUUUGAUUAUGUAUUAUGCAUUCUACACUUUUUUAUUUUUAUUUUUAUACAUACGGUAAAGAAUGGCAGUAGUGUUCAGUUGCUUGCACGAUUCAAUGGCAACGGUUUCGUUUGUGUAGCAACUGUUGAGAUCCUUCGAAUACACUUCGAUGAUAUUGCGAGAUCGCCGCGUCAGCUGGAAGCACCUUAUGCAUUCACCGUAGCCACCUCGACUGUUGGCCAAAUGAUUUAUUUAUUUUUUAAGUAUUUUAUCAUGUAUAUAUUAUUACUAUUUUAAUCAAUUGAUUUUUUGAAUCUUCUACUAUAUCAGAUGUUUAUCAUUAACAUGUAACGUCGAAUAAUUAUUUAAAAUUAUGCUAAAAUUUUGCGAUAACAAUAAUCAAUGGAAACUGCGUCGAUAAGUCGUUGUCACAUGACAUUUUUCGAUAUUUUUCUAUCCUAGAUAAUAAUUUUUUUGUAUUAAUUUACUAUGAACUUACUAUAGUACCACUAUGAAAUUUCAAACGAGACGCACCGCAAGCCAACAAUUAAAUACCGAAUAAAUCAAUUUUUAUUAUUUUUUACUACUCAGCGUAAAUAUAAAACCGUUCUAUUUUGCUCGUAAUUUGAGCUCGAAGAUUGAUUAAUUGAGAAGCUCACAAGAAUCGCGCACAAGUCACGUGUAACGAAAAUAUUUGUAAUAAACUUAGUUAUACCAA